AUGGUCAGAGAUUGUAGGGAGGCAAAGUGUUUCGAAUGUGGUAGAUUUGGUCAUAUAGCCCCUUAUUGUCCAGGAAAACCAGAGAAAUUAAGAUGCGCGGGUUGCGGAAGAUUUGGUCACAAUAAGGAAGAAUGUAAUACGGGAAAUUAUAAUACUCGGGGAGGUUUUCCCCAGAGAGUAAUGGGACCAAAUACUCCAACUGUGCGAACCAUUGAGGAUGCCAGAGUUGAGGGAAGAGGAGUAUUUCCGGAGGGAGUUGAAGAUCAAACCGUGGAAUGUUUCCGAUGUCGAGAAAGGGGACAUGUGGCAAGGGAUUGUGCUAAUUUGUGA